AUGAAAAGAGCCGCUUUGACCGCCCAGAGGGGCUCCCGACAGGGUCAGGUCUGUCAAUUAUGCCAAUUUUCGACAUCGGCAUCCAAGCGCGGUCUACCUAUCGCGCGUUCACCACUCGUGCAGAGUCGGACCUCGAUCUCCACCCUCCGUACACAGCCUUCCAAGAGGAUCGAUAUAUUGACAUCGCGGUCUGCAUUGGCCGGGCGCCAGUUCGCCAGUUCGGCAUCCGCACCUGGUCCCGAUGCAGCGCUGAAAGAUAUCGCACGAGAUGCGUCCGCCCUGCACGAAUCCAAUACUGUUGCCUCCAAUGAAGUUGUGGUCGACUUGCUACAAAGAUGCCAACGGGUCGCAGAGCUCCUAGCCUCGCGUGAAAGAGAUCAAACCGAAGAGUCCUCUGGUGAUGAGGGCAACGCGAUCUCAUCCUUGCUCGACUUGGAGGAGAAGCAAAACACCACGAAGAGCACUGGACAACCACAAUCCUCACAGAACCCGGAUCCUCGAUUGGCCGAGGAGGUCUCACAACUUGCAAUUGCCAUUUUGAAGGAUGAGAAGGUCUUCAUCUCGCCCGAGGCUCUGGCCGCUUGUACCGAAACCCUGACCCUCUUGCGCCGUGCUGAGCAUUUCCCUGAAGUCUUCCACCUCUAUGCAAACAAGCCCGUCCCAGAAGAGAACAGCUCCCCGGUGAAGUUGCUCAAGCCUAACCCCAAGAGCGUCAACAGUGCUGUUCCAGCCGAGCUGGCAAAUAAGGCUUUAGGUAUUGCAAUUGAGCAAAAGAACCUACCGCUUGUGCUGGCCAUCAUUGACAACACCUUCUGCGCGCCUGCCUUCCACCGGGCGAAGAUCUUCAAGAAGGCCGGUGUUCCCUUAGUCGGUCUUGCCGCUGCUCCGGCUGCCUGCUAUGCUGUCGCAUCGUGGGCCGCCACUUUCCAGAACACGAUGGAUCCAAACGUAGCAACCGGAAUCGCGUUCGCUGCCACACUGGCUUACGUCGGUGGCACAUCAUCAAUGGGUAUAUUGGCCAUCACGACAGCUAAUGAUCAGAUGGAGCGCGUAGUAUGGAUCCCUGGAAUCCCGCUCCGUCAACGCUGGCUGCGCGAGGAAGAGCGCGCCGCGAUGGACAGAGUCGCAUGUGCUUGGGGCUUCAAGGAUCCCUACAUGAGAGGCGAGGAGGUUGGAGAGGAAUGGGCGAGUCUUCGGGAGUUCAUUGGCAUGCGAGGCAUGAUCCUGGACAAAACGGAACUCAUGGCUGGUAUGGAGUGA